UUACAACUGAAUGAAUCAAAAUGUAUAAGACGGAUGAGAGAAGAAACUCGAAAGAAAUACGCUGAAAUGUAUGCUCAUUUACGUGUGAUAAUUAUUGAUGAAAUUUCAAUGUUGGGGCUGAAAUUACUUUCUCGACUGGAUCGGCGUUUACGAGAAAUUCGAGGAGUUAAAAAUAAACGCUACGGGAAUUUACAUGUCAUCAAAUUUGGGGAUUUACGUCAAUUACCGCCCGUUAAGGAUGCUUACAUGUUUUCUUCUGAUUUGUGGUGGUGUAGCAAUACACAGUUUUAUGAACUCGAUGAAAUAAUGAGACAGAAAAAUGAGAAAGAAUAUUUGGAGUUACUGGAUGAUUUGGCAAAUGGACCCUUACAACCGGAACAUGUUCAAUUUUUAGCAUCCAGGGAAAGACCAUUUGAAUGCUUACCUCGCGAAUCUGUUAUUUUAUGCUAUUCUAACAAGGAAGUAGACGAUUAUAAUGCUAAACGUCUUUCCAUGUUACCAUCCCAGAUGAUUCAAUGCAACGCAUAUGAUACCGUGCUCUCUGAUAAGCCAAAAAUAAUUACUAGCCGGCUAAAUAAACUAUUGCGAUUGAAACGACAUGAGACGGCUAAUCUUGAAUGGACUCUUGACCUUAAACCGGGAGCCAGAUACAUGUUGACCUGUACAAUUGAUAUGAGUGAUGGAUUAAUAAAUGGAAUUGUUGGAAUUUUACAAUACAUUGAAAUGGAACCAGAGGAUCAGAGUGUAAGACGAGUAUGGAUUCAAUUUACUACAGAUACAGUUGGAUUUAAACUUAGAAAUAAAUUUCGGCAGUACACGGAAAAAAGAAUAUUCCUUUCGAAUGGACACCCAUUGACCGCAUUUCGAAACAUAUUGAUAAAGCCUCGACUCGCAAAGUGUCGGUUUUUCGUAGCCAAACCAAUUAUAGUGGCCGAAGCUAUGACUAUUCAUAAAUCUCAAGGAGCAACUUUGAAAACAGUUGCGGUUAGUUUAAAAACUUCCAUGAGCAGAUUUCAUCAAUAUGUUGCAUUUUCACGGGUAACCAAACCCACUGAUUUGUAUAUUUUGGAUCAGUACAAGCCACCAGCAUUACCAAAACCGAACGAUUGUAUCUUGAAGGAAUUGAAUCGACUUCGAGCCUCAGACAAUAUUAUAGUACCGCGAUUUGAAUUUUUACAUAAUGCUUACAAACCUUUAAAUUUAUUACAAAUAAUGUACUUGCACAAUGGAGAAGGAGAUGUUUCGAGUGAUCCGUGUUUUAUGAAAAGUGAUGUUUUACUUUUUACUCGAAAGGCAUUUGAAUCAAUACCUGGAUUCAUGUCACUGGCAAACGGUCAUGUAUAUUUACGCUGUGAAAAAAACAAUCAGCAGUGUUACAGCAAGUACGAAAUUAAUGGUUGCGUAGAGACAAUUAGUAUGUAUAUUCCAAAAAUGAAUGUUUUGUUUAUACUCAUUGAUGUAAGACCAGCAGCAACAGAUACAGAUAUGAUCGAAGCAUUCAAUAUGGUCAUGUUACAAAACAAUAUACAGAGUAACAGAACCAUUUUGGUCGGACAUUUUAAAACCAUGGAAUAUUUGAGAAGCUUUUUAUCAUAUGCUACACACCAUCAUCUUUGCAUGCAAACGAAUGCUGUAGAAUUUACAAAUACAGGUGGUUUGACUACCGAGGCUAUUUUUACAAACUGUCCGGAGCAUACAGAAUGUGCGGGUGUUUAUGAAAGUACAAAUAAUUAUUAUUUACCAUUGUAUAUUCGUUUUUUCAUAUAGGGUCUUGUUGAAUAAUGGAAAGGGGGGUGUACAAUGGAUAUGUUCUUUCAACUCUCAACUAACUAAAAAUAGAUUGUGAUUCCAAAGUAAAAAAUGUGUAGACAUUAAAUUAAUAAAUAAACAAAAAGAAAGAGGUCAGGAGAGCUUAUGUAUUAUUGAAAACUGGUGAACUAUCAUAAUUUAUAGAAUUUAUAUUCCAAUUCCAGGAAAAAAGGUUAGACGUCAGAUUAUAGAACAGUAAUGAAUAAACAUAAACCCGUGUCGAAACGCUGUUGAACUCAUUAUUUCAGAAAAACGUGCGAGGAUCGGGAAGAAAGUAUGUCACGGUCACGAUCUCUAAAUAGAUUGCUUCAUGUGACUUGGCACUAUUCCAAAACGAGAGGUAUAAAAGGGAUUCGUCGUUUUCGGUUUUAUUAGAGCUGGUGAUCUUUUCUCCCGAGCAGAGUCAUGCGCUACCACCUUGCAUUUUAUGACGGUACCAGAUUUGAGGUAUACAUCUCCAACUUCAGAAUUUAUUUCAGUGCUCUAUCUCUUGCCGAGCUGAUACAGAUAAAGGAACAUGGCAAAUGGCUUUACACUGAAAUGCUGGACCUCCUCAAACCCGAGUAUCCUAAAUUGCUUCAGUGGAAGGAUCUUUCUACAGACGAAAACGUCUAUUCGAACAGUAUAUGGUUCGAUUUGCCACAAGCCUUAUACACAACGGAGAAAUUAAGCGCGAAUGCUUAUGAUGUCAUCCUCCAUUGCUUGAAUUAUCCGCUUGAAGAUGUCGGCAAACAUAUAGACGGACUAACUGUGCUCAAGAUGAGCUUUGAGCGACCCGAGUCUCUAAGUUCGUGUGUCUUUAUCAGAGAUAUAGCAGAACUUCGUAUGUAUUUCUACUUCAGAGAUUCGGGAUGGUGAUCGGAAAAAAAUUGUAUCCUCCUUCAAAUUUUUUAAAAAGCUGAAUGGAUCCUCUUAUAAGG